AUGGCAUCCAAGGCGAUCAGACCUAGGAGCGGACUUCAACCCGGAGUGGUACAGCGGCACGAGCGCCGGCAUGCCGGAUCCAAGGAGAGCACGCACAGCGCGGCAACCACGCCCUCAGCAGCGUCACCCGCGCCGCUAGCCGCGUUAUCAGCAGCGCAGACCCAGCAGCGUCCCGCGCCGUGCAGUGCCACCCACGUGGCCAUCAGGUGCCCACAGAGCGCCACCAGCAGCGCCAACAACAGCGCCGGACACGUGGUCACCAGCCACACAACGAGCGUCACCAGGAGCACGCAACGAGCGGCCCCGCGCCCUCAGCAGCGUUCAGCGCCCAUCGGGCGGCGUCUUUUGCACCAUCAGCAGCACCCACCGAGCGCCACCAGCAGCGCCCACAGCAGCGCCCACAGCAGCGCCCAUAGCAGCGCCCAUCAGCAGCGCCCAGCCGCGCCCUCAGCAGCGCCAACCGCGCCGGAUACGUGGUCACCCGCCACGCUACGAGCGCCACCAGGAGCGCCCAACGAUCAGCACCGCCGCUCACCAGCCGCACUCACCAAGCGCCAACGGGAGCGCCAGCCGCAACCACAUCGGUCAGCCAGUGCCGCACGUCAGCAGCACCUGCCGUGCGCCCAGCGCCCAGUCACGCCACUAGGAGCGCUCACCGAGUGA